UUCAUAUCCGACGCACCACCUUUUGCCCAGUUAGAAGCCGAAUCAAACUAACUAUGAAACCGUAUCAAACGAUUACUGUGCCACAACAAAACAGCUGGAAACGCGGAGAAGCAGAGAGGAAAGAGGCUUUGCGAUGGCCGCCGGCUGGUCCUCCCUCCCCGCCGAUCUUCUCAAUGAGAUCUCGGGUCGCCUGAUCGCCGACGCCGACCAGCUCCACGCCCACCAGGUAUGCGCCCACUGGCGAGCCUCAAUUUCUCCUCCGGCCGCCUACCGCCCGUGGGUCGUCGCCGCCCGACAGGCCCCCGACGGACUGAGCCCAGUCGGCGAGUACUCCCUCCAGCUCCCUCGCGGCGUCCCGGGCGUCGACUUCAAGGCGGCCCCACCCGGCCUCCCGUACUGCUGCGGCACGCCCCGCGGCUGGCUCGCCCUUGCGGAUGACGUCCGGUCCCCCACGCGGCUCGUGCUGUGGGAGCCCAACUCCGGCACCGAGAUCCCGCUUCCAUGCCUGUGCCCAGUCGUCCAGGUCUUCCUCUCCGGCGACCCGCUCGAGUCGACGCACUGGAUGGCCGUGGCGACCAAGCACAGAUGGCCCGCGGCGCACAUCCUCUUCUUCUGGCGGCCCGGGGACGCCGCCUGGAGCGGCCCGGCCAAGGUUCCUUGCGCGAAACUCCACAGCGUCGAGUUCCAUGCGGGGAACAUAUACUGCAUCGACGGCAUGUUCAACGUGUCCAUCUACGAUCUCAAGCUCGGCACGGCGUCCCCUCCCGUGCUCCUCCGGUGCUUCGGCAUGUGCCCUAAUCAGGCGUCGGAGUCGUGGCCGAUCCGCAAGUAUUGGAAGGACAGCGUGCGUGCGGUGCACGUCGUGGCCUGCCGCGGCGAGCUCCUGCUCGUGCUGCUGUUCCACGGCCGCCGCCCGUCGCUCAUGGAAGUCUACAGGCCGGCGUGGACGCCCGCUGAAUGGCCCUUCCGGGUCGGCGAGAGGGUGACUGACCUCGGGGGCUACGCGCUCUUCCUCGGCUGUGGCGACGCCGUUGCGCUGUGUGCCAAGGAGUACCCUGCGAUCAAGGGGAACUGCGUUUACUACCGGGUGCACAACCUCCCCAAGUACAGGAAGCAUUGGGCAAUGGUGUAUGAUCUGGGGACGGGUGAUGUGGACGAUAUACCUUACCCUGAGGUGCACAAGCAGGAGAAUGGCUGCUGGCCAUACUCUUGGUUUUGCCCUCGAAGGCCCUUCCUCAAGAAGCAGUUAGCUUAAGCAAUAAGCAUGGACUUUGAAAAUUAAUCUUUUCCUUUUGAAAUUCCUGUUGUAACUGUUUUAACUUUUUUUUUUUUGCGGGGGGGACUGUUUUAACUUUUAACCAUAGAAUUUCGUUAUCACAUUCCUAAUUUCUAACAGUUAAGACUGCAGGAUUUCCUAGGAAAAAUCACUAAAUUAUUAUCAAAACUGUUACAGCACACCUUCCAGUGGAUUUUUGACCGUUGGAUCAGCAUCGUCUGAGAUUUGUGCUCUUUGACUAUUUGUCUCCAAAUAAUAGGCUCGCUGAAAGCUGAUUUGCUGAUCGAAAGUGUUACACUAAUCCCGAGCACAAAUGCACCCUCAUGAACAGUAAAUUCCAGGGGGAAAAUGAAAUGUUGA